AUGCAACGAGCAACAGCAAAACGGAUAAGACUCCAAAAUAACAUAAAAAAAACUCCAAUCUCUCUUUUAAAAAUCUGCGAAGCAAAAUUUUCAUAAAGUAUUGAAUUUUUUUUCCAAUGGAAAUUUGAUCUUCAAUUGAAUUAAAUUUACGUCUUUUGAGGAAUUUGGAUUUCAUUUCUUUUAGAAAAAAUAAAAAAAUGAAUUUAGCAGCAAGUUUCCGCGGGAACUUUGGUGUCUUAUCUCAAUGUAGCUCUUGCUGCGAUCUUCGGUUUCAGCCAUUGUUGUCGUCUUCGAGCUUUGCUAAGUCGCAACGGUGUCGUUUAAGGAGCUUGAAGUUUUCUCGCGUCCCUAGAUUUUUCAGGAAAAGAGAGAUGUUUUGUAGAGUGACUGAAACAGAAACUGGACCAGAUAGUAAUAAUGAUGAGGAGGAAGAUAAGCAUGAAAGUGGAGAAAAGCCGGCAACAACUGAUUCUGUAGAGGAAAAAGAUUCCCAGAUUGAUUUGCAGCCCAUAAAUGUUCAACAAAUAAACAAUAAUGAUGCAGAAACUACAGCUCAAGGUGCUGUGCAGGAGGAUGACGCUAUUGAAGUUACUAGUGGAUCGCCUCUGCCAGGUGUGAAGCCACAACAACUGGAUGAAUCAAUGAGGAUUCCAAAGGAAACCAUUGACAUUCUUAAGGAUCAAGUAUUUGCAUUUGAUACGUUCUUUGUAACGAGCCAGGAACCUUAUGAGGGUGGAGUAUUGUUCAAAGGAAAUCUUCGGGGACAAGCUGCUAGAAGUUAUGAAAAGAUAUCUACUAGGAUGCAGAACAAAUUUGACGAUGAAUAUAAGCUUUUCCUUCUUAUCAAUCCAGAAGAUGACAAACCAGUGGCAGUUGUUGUCCCGAAAACAACUUUGCAACCCGAGACAACUGCUGUCCCUGAGUGGUUGGCAGCUGGGGCUUUUGGUCUGGUUACAGUGUUUACCUUACUUCUUCGGAAUGUGCCUGCAUUGCAGUCCAACUUAUUAUCAACAUUUGACAACCUCAACUUGUUAUCGAAUGGUCUACCUGGAGCCUUUUUUACUGCACUUCUUCUGGGGGUACAUGAAUUGGGCCACAUCUUAGUAGCAAAGAGCACAGGAGUUAAGCUUGGUGUUCCUUUCUUUGUUCCAAGUUGGCAGAUAGGCUCUUUUGGUGCCAUAACAAGGAUAAAAAAUAUCGUACCCAAUCGUGAAGACCUUCUCAAGGUUGCAGCAGCUGGACCUUUAGCUGGUUUUUCUUUGGGUUUUGUUCUAUUCCUUCUAGGUUUCAUCUUGCCACCUAGCGAUGGUAUUGGAGUUGUUGUUGAUGCUUCUGUGUUUCAUGAAUCAUUUCUUGCUGGUGGUGUAGCAAAGCUGCUUCUAGGUGAUGUACUGAAGGAAGGCACACCUAUAUCGGUCAACCCACUUGUAAUUUGGGCAUGGGCUGGGCUACUCAUUAAUGCCAUCAACAGCAUUCCUGCAGGGGAGCUAGAUGGGGGCCGGAUCUCCUUUGCAAUAUGGGGAAGAAAGGCUUCAGCUCGCUUCACUUCACUCUCCAUUGGACUGCUAGGACUGUCUUCAUUGUUCAAUGACGUGGCAUUUUACUGGGUGGUUCUCAUAUUCAUCUUGCAAAGAGGGCCCAUUGCACCACUGUCGGAGGAAAUCACUGAUCCUGAGAACAAGUAUGUUGCACUUGGAGUUUUAGUUUUGAUAUUGGGAUUGCUUGUUUGCUUACCAUAUCCGUUCCCUUUCAAUUAUGACUCCAUUAAUACAAACUUUUAGCGAUAUGAUAGUUUAUAGAAUUAAACUUGGAUUAUACUUUUUUUUGGAAGACUUGUUAGAGGAAAUGUCCUUGAAUGAUCAUACAAAUUGUUUUGUAAAGCUGAUAUCAUUACAUGCCAUGAUUUAGAAUGAAUACUUUUAGAGAGUGAUGGGCAAUUA